GUAACUCGUGGCGUCAUUGCCUGAAGAUGUUCGGUUGCUCUACACACUCCGAAUCUGCAAUGAAAGUCAUCGUAAUAUUUAUAAUGGACGUGAUGUCAACAACUUGGGGACAGAAUUCGCAACCAUGCCCUGAACAACACUACUAUGACAUUAAUGCACAAGACCACAAGUCUUGUAAACCGUGUGCCCAGUGCCCUCCCGGGUCAGAGGUGAACUCUUCAUGCACGAACCAAUCGGAUACGGGUUGCAAGUCAUGUGACCAUGGGACAUUUUCUAGCGGGGGAAUCAAAUGCCGGAAGUGCUCGCAUUGCCUGCCUGGAACCUUCGUGUCUCACUAUUGUACUUUGACCUCGAACACGCAGUGCGAACCGUGUGCAAAAGACAUGUACUCUUCUGAUUGGUCAGCUGGAUUCUGCAUGCCGUGCAGUAGAUGUAGCAGGGCGAUGACGGUGGAGAGGAACUGUAGCAAGACCCAUGACUACAAGUGUGGAGAUUGUAUUGAAGGCUACUACCGCCACCCGAACCUGCCCAGCUCGUGCAUCAAGUGUUCCUACUGCUACCCCGACCACCCGGGGGCCACUGUGGUGGUGGACGAGUGCGUCACCAAGAGCAGGAACCCCACCAUGAGGUGUAUGCCCAUCAUUGGGGGGCCCAUGCCCAAGAGGACACUUUCGGGAUCUUCAGGAUCAACCCCCCCAAAAGGCUCAUCUACCACAGAUUCAGCCAGCACACAAAGUCCUUCAUCACAUGGCCUGGAGGACACACUCACGCUGUUCACAACAACAACAGUGGUCCUCCUUGUCCUCAUUGUCAUCAGUAUCACCAUCAUUCUCAUCCGUGGAUAUUGUGAACACGUACAAGGAAAUAGAAGGAACAUGGUGACAUUCUUAUGUUGCAUUUGCACAAAGAAGAAAAAAAUCAACAGAGCAACAAAGAUGGCCUCGGAGUUGUUUCUGUUACAAGGCUCAGAAUUGGAACAAUCCGAUGGUGUGAGACUUGAUGGCGGAAGUUGGUCUCCUGCAUUGACUGGGGUGCCCUGUCUUCGGGAGAGAGAUUGUGAUUGGUCAGAACAAUCUGAUGGUGUGAGACAUGAUGGCGGAAGUUGGUCUGCUGCAUUGACUGGGGUGCCCUGUCUUGGGGAGAGAGAUUGUGAUGGGUCAGAACAACCUGAUGGUGUGAGACAUGAUGGCGGAAGUUGGUCUCCUGCAUUGACUGGGGUGCCCUGUCUUGGGGAAAGAAAUGGUGAUGGGUCGAAACAAUCUGAUGGUGUGAGACAUGAUGGCGGAAGUUGGUCUGCUGCAUUGACUGGGGUGCCCUGUCUUGGGGAGAGAGAUUGUGAUGGGUCAGAACAACCUGAUGGUGUGAGACAUGACGGCCGAGGUUGGUCUGCUGCAUUGACUGGGGUGCCCUGUCUUGGGGAGAGAGAUUGUGAUGGGUCAGAACAACCUGCUGGCUUGAGAUAUGAGGAAGGCAGGAAUCUCGGGACAAGAGAUGGUGCAGGAUUAGGACCAUCAGCUGGCGUGGGACAUGUUGGCGUACAUUUCCUUCUCGGGGAAAGAGGUGACGAUGCACCAGAUCAAUCUGCUGGCUUGAGAUAUGACGUAGGAGGGAAUCUCGCGACAAGUAAUGAUGAAAGAUCAGUGGAUUAUGAAGAAUUUGCUGGUUACAUCCCUUUCUCACGCAUUACACUGGAUCACUCUGUGGCUGGAGGAUCAGGGACAGUCAGCCACGUCUAAUUAAUCCCAGUGGAUGAGCCGGAAUCUCCUAACAGUAAAGAGGAAACGGCACCGACACUGUUCCUGACACGUGAACAUCCAGGUUAGAAUAUCGAGAUCGGGUGGUAAGGCUCGCUAACUCUUUUGAUGCAUAUCAUCGUAUCCCAGUUGUGGGAUCGAUUCCCAUGACUGUCAGACAGUGGAUUGUCUGAUAAUGACAGACUCAAUUAUUUACAGACCGCCGUCAUAUAGCUGGAAUAUUGCUGAGUGCGGCGUUACACAGGGAGCAAACAAAGACAAUGUUCCUCUUCAGGGUACUGAAGCGGAAGCUCAUGCCCGUGGCUUACUGUGUGAAUGCUCUGAAGAAGGAUGCUUGGUCAAGGACGCAAGGGAGAGGUAACAAGGACUGUCUGUAGGGAUGACCACCCAGUCUGACUGUCGGUCGGGGCUCCUUUGCAUCUAGUUUAAAUAAACAUUUUUUCAAUCGAGGUUUGAAUGUGGUCUAAAAUGCAGCAUUAGAAAUUAACGCCAGCUAAAAGUGUUCGACGAGCUAGCUAAAUGGCGCUGGAAUAUUAAUUUGUACCGUGUGAGUGACUGGAAUUUCUGAGCUGAUAUUCUUUAUGUUUUCAUUAUGUUAAAUGGUUCACAAUAUGUUGUCUUGGUGGACAAACAUGUUUACCAGCAGUAUCUGAACAGAAGAGGUUAAUAACAUGGAUAGUGUUGAUCAGCGUUAGCGGCAUGUUUCUGACAGAAGGAGCGCGUCCAACACUGAACUUAUGUUAAAUUGCUUUGGUUCUUUUUUCGGCAACCAACUAAAACGUAAAAACAACUUCCACUUCAUGAUCUCCAAUUUUCCAUGUUAUUCUCAUUAUAAUGUUUAUGUGUACCCACUAAUGAGAAGUUGUAAUGUAACAGAGAAGGGGGAGAGAGAUGUUACAGAUUUAUAGUAAGACUUGUAAAAAACUAUAUUUCGCGUUUCCAGUGUAAUAACUCCCCGCCCCUAAUAUUGUUCUUUUUUUAAAGCUAUUUUAAUAAACGGUUUUUAAAGUCAA